AUGCCGUGGACUGUAACAAAUUCAUUUAAGCGAGGUCUUAUGAUGAAAACGUACGGUAGACCCCUAUGGCGCGUCUACGAUGAUGAACAGAGCCCGGCGGCCAAGAAAAGACGCGUCCAAUCUGGGAAUGAAUCGGACGAGGCAGAGAACAGCAUCCAAUAUGCUAUUCGCGAGUCGUCCGCCGCUGUUCUGUCCAGUCCCUCGCGUCGCAAUUCCAUCCUUCUUUCUGAAGGAACACAUGAUGAUGACCUGUCUACACCUCCGUCCUCACCGCCGCCUCGGUUGAGCCCCCCUCCCACCAACACGCGAAAACCCACUUUCGCGUUUCUUAAACGCAAACAACAAUCGGCGAAUAAAGAUGUCAGCAAUGGCUCCCCGCUCACCGAAGUCAACUCCAACAGUGUACGCGCAUCGCUAGAUCCACCCAAGAAGAAGGCAGCAUCACAACAACCCGCUUUGAAACAGAUGCAACUUGACCUGGGGCACGAAGUGAGGAGAACUUGCGCGACCUGUGGGAUGGAGUAUGUGCCGUCGAACUCGGAGGAUGCAGCCCUGCAUAAAAAGUUCCAUGAUAUGAAUUCAACAGGGGUGGAUUUGGGCAAAGCGUUUAUGAGGGCAAAUGCUUCGCGGUGGGUUUACGAGGCAACUCGCUUCGAUGAGGGAUAUGUGGUCAUUGUCGAUCGGAAAGCGUCUCCGACCGCGAAGAAUCAGGCCAAGAAGGUGCUCGAAGUUAUCAACAAGGAGUUGUCUUCUCCUCAGAUCGAUGAUGAUAUUCUAUGGAGCCAGACUGAAUCCCCGAAACAUUUGCGAAAAAGUGGCGUAUCGGAGAAAGUGGACCGCUACAAAGUUUUCCUGCACAUGAAGGACAGUCGAUGCGUCGGUGCCUGCUUAACGGAGCGAAUUUGGGAAUCACGGCCGGUUGAGAAACCUUGCACCCAAACCAAUCGCACCGAUUCUGCAAUCACAGUUCGCAACGAGACUCAUCCAGCGAUUGUGGGCAUAUCACGCAUAUGGACAUCGGGUUCAUCUCGGCGGAAGGGAAUCGCGAUGGACCUUUUGGACUGCGUGGUUAGCAAUUUCAUUUACGGCAUGGAAAUUCCCAAGGAGCAGAUGGCUUUUAGCCAGCCUACUGAAAGUGGCAAAGCCUUAGCCCAGUCGUUCUUUGGGGAUGAUGAGUGGCAUGUAUAUGAGGAGAGCUGA